CUGAAUUAUAACGGAAGUAAGUACGUGGCCGCUUAGGCUGACAUUCUGCAUGAUGGCGACAGAGGUUCAGAGCGGCGACCUCAACAAUGGCAAUUCUAGCCGGCUCGAAGUCUCCAUCGACGGCCUUACACUUAGCCCCGACUCCGAAAGUGAACCGGGAAGGGUCGGGGAAUCGGAUUCCGUUCCUACCGGGCCCGAGGCGGCGGAGCCUGGUUCUGCCGAAGCCGAGGAUGGGGAAGACGGCGCGACAGACAAAUAUACCAUGGAGAAGAAAUGGGGGUUUGAAUUACUGGAGCUUUACGGAAUGGCCUUGAAAUUCUUUAAAGAUAAAGAUGGCAAGGCCUUCCACCCCACCUACGAGGAGAAGCUACGACUAGUGGCUCUACACAAGCAGGUGUUACUGGGCCCUUACAACUCAGACGCCUCCCCCGAAGUGGGCUUCUUUGAUGUGCUGGGCAACGACCGAAGGAGGGAGUGGGCCGCUCUGGGCAGCAUGGAGAAGGAGGAGGCCAUGGUGGGGUUCGUCAAGCUGCUCAACAAGUGCUGCACCCUGUUCGCGCCCUACGUCACCUCGCACAAGAUCGAGAAGGAGGAGCAGGAGAGGAAACGGAGAGAGGAGGAGGAGCGUCUCAGGCUGGAGGAGGAAGAGAGGGAGCGACAGAGGCAGGAGGAGGAGCGGCGGCAACGCGAGGAGGAGGAGAGGCUGCGGAGGGAGGAGGAGGAGCGAAGACAGGCGGAGGAGGAGAGGCUACGCAUCGAGCAGCAGAAGCAGCAGAUCAUGGCGGCGCUGAACGCCCAGACGGCGGUGCAGUUCCAGCAGUACGCGGCGCAGCAGUACCCCAGCAGCGCCGAGCAGCAGCUGGGACUCAUCCGGCAGCUCCAGGAGCAGCACUACCAGCAGUACAUGCAGCAGCUCUACCAGGUCCAGCUGGCCCAGCAGCAGGCGGCCCUACAGAAGCAUGCGGAGGACGGUGUGGUGCAGGCCACCCUGGACGCCAACAGCUGUGGCGGAGGCGGCGGGGAUCACGCAUUGAUCAGUGCGGCCUCGCCUCUCUGCGCCACGCUGCCCUCUAGUGGUGACGAGGGCCCCAUGGUGAACGGAGGCCAGUCGGACUCGUACUCGGAGAGCAUGGAGCGGGAGCCCGAGGCCGAGGCAGCGGACGAAGUCUCAGAGAACGGACCCUUACUAGUGAUCGCCGACUCGGCGCCAGUGAUCGCGGCGCCGUCCAUGUGGACGCGGCCGCAGAUCAAGGACUUCAAGGAGAAGAUCCGGCAGGACGCGGACAGCGUGAUCACGGUGGGCCGCGGCGAGGUGGUGACGGUGCGCGUGCCCACGCACGAGGAGGGCUCCUACCUCUUCUGGGAGUUCGCCACCGACUACUACGACAUCGGCUUCGGGGUAUUCUUCGAGUGGACGGACGCCGCCUCCGCCUCGGUCAGCGUGCACGUGUCGGAGUCGAGCGACGAGGACGAGGAUGAGGAAGGUGAGCCCUCUGGUGAGGAGGAGAAGGCCAAGAAGGAAGCGGGGAAGCCCCAGACGGAUGAGAUAGUGCCGGUGUACCGGCGGGACUGCCACGAGGAGGUGUAUGCCGGGAGCCACCAGUACCCGGGCCGCGGCGUCUACCUGCUCAAGUUCGACAACUCCUAUUCCCUGUGGCGCUCCAAGAGUGUUUACUACAGAGUCUACUACACCAGAUAAGCCUGAGAAGAGACACAAUGGGGGGGGGGGGGGAGAAGAGAAGGUGUGUGUGUGUGUGUGUGUGUGUGUGUGUGUGUGUGUGUGUGUGUGUGUGUGUGUGUGUGUGUGUGUGUGUGUGUGUGUGUGUGUGUGUGUGUGUGGAACGCAUUGUCUUUGACACGCCACAAGAGGCUGACAAGUGUACCUGUCUGGAGCCGAUGUAAGAAGGUCGAUGUCAUCUGUGUGUCGUGUAUGCGCGUGUCCCAGGAUGCACCAACGUGAGGCUCCAGCUGAGCCCUUGAAGGAGAAAGGGUUUUCCUCUUCUGUGCUGCCCUUGCUCUACAAUCCAACUGACCAGCGCUCUCCCCCCAGAUCAGAGACAAUUUCCUAUUGGACGCUACCAUUUCCGAUUGGUCGGCAAUAGUACAACACAACCACCAACAAUAAUAACGGCACAGGUUCACUACAGAACAUUGUUACAACAUUGUCCCAUAGAGGGGUGGUCUCUUCGGCCAUAUUAAGGGUCAUAUUUAGAUGCACACAUGCACACACACCCCAACCUCCCAUUCGGUCACUUCCUUAUCUAGUUGUGAAAAUGUAUUUGUCCUCUUCCUUUUUUUUGUUUUCAGUUUGCACCUAUUCAGGUCAAAUGGAUUUAUUAUUACUUUACUUCUCAAAUGGAAGAAGCAUCUUCUCGUUGGACCAUGGUUAAGGUAGCUUUUGGGUCAUGAUCAGGAAUCAAACAAAACUAUUUUGGAUUGUCAGCUCAUAGGAUUGGACAAGAAAGGGUUUUAAGGUUUAAAUAUUCCCCAGCCUACCAACGAAGGGAGCCAGGAGUACGUAUGCACCAACUGGAAUAUUGGAAAGGUAUUCAUCUCUCCAUAAAGUCUUACUGUGGCCAAGUGAGUUACUUCUAUCUAUAUAUCUAAGAUAUAUAUUAAAGAGGGAGGAUUGUGUCUAACAAAACAUUGAAUUAAUAUUUAUUUUUUUCCUGUUUGUUUUUGAAAUAGUUGUGAUUUCUUUUUGUGAUACAAUGUUCGUUAAUCUUGUCACCUGAAUGCUUCUAAGGUGCCUCAAUUCAACUCUGAUUAUUUUUUCUUUUUCUAACUGGUAUAAAGAAAAGCUUCAAAAAAAUGUUUAGCCAUACAAGAAAGUAGUCGUUAUCUAAGUGGUUACUGUAAAGUAGUCAAGAUUGCAACUCUAAUGAUAUGUAUACGUCUCCUUGUAUGAUGGUAAAUUGUUUAUCAUCCCAGAUUGGGGAUUCGUUGCUACCAUGUAUCAUCUCUUUGAUUUCACACCACAGGUUUUGCAUGCUUUGUGUAUCACACCUCCAAAAUCAUACCACCUCUUGGGGGGGGGGGGGGGGGGUGUGUGUGUGUGUGUGUGUGUGUGUGUGUGUGUGUGUGUGUGUGUGUGUGUGUGUGUGUGUGUGCUACUUGAUCAUAGGGUUGUUAUCUGCUCUGCUCUCUGUAACCUUACAGAUGGCAUUAUUUGUUUUUUUUUAAGGUAAAACUAAACGGGUUUCACCGACACAGGGAUGGACUUCCAUGCAUUUAACCCAUAACCAAAAGACUUGCUCCCCUUGUUGCCUUGCCAAGUUCGCUGGCCAACCGGUCCACGUGAAUGAAUGGAAGGCAAAAAGUCUUGCCCCUCACCCUAAACAACAAGUACAAAUAUUAAUUUCUGUUUCCGAAUGUCGCUUCCCGACGCUUUCGCAAAAGAUCACGAAGUACCCAUGGUUUUUCUCAUGUUCACUUAUUUUGAAGUAUGUGCCACUCAGCAAAUGUUUGUUGAGUGGAGAUGUUAAUCUAAGCCUUUGUAUGUAAAUAAUUCUAUAAAUGGAUUUAUGUGUGGGGUUUUUAAGAUGUGGAAAAUGGGUUGUGGGUGUGAGGAAUCGAUGCACUAAAGUAUUGAGGGUGAGAUGUAUGUACUUUUUUUUUUUUUUUUUUUACCCCAAAUGAAAGUCCAAAACUCUUGGAAAGUGUAAAAGUUUAGAGACGGCACGUGUCAGAAAAAACUCUUGGGGGUUUUCUUUGUGUUUGUUGAUCCCUUAUGAGUUGUAAGAUCUUUUUGGGCAUAUAUUUAAUCUUGAUUAAACCUAUGUUCAUCUCUGCUA